UCAAUGAUUUCUCUCAGUAAAUCUCAUCUAGCAAUUUUACUUCUACAGCUGCUGAGCUAAAAACGUUACGGUCUUAAACCUUAUUAGGAGAGAGAUAUUAAAAUAACCGUAUUCCAUGUACUGCAGUCUGGCGACUUAUAAUAGGAAUAAGGAAUAAGACUGGUAAAUGUAUAAUAAGAAUAGAGCGUGAAAAGUUUGUCUCCGCGGCGUUUGCCAGACUCGUGCCCCGAUAAAGCGUCACUGAAGCCGGUGUGAGAUUCAUACAUGGACCGUUCUGUGUCUGUGGAGCAUUAUAAAGCAGGCAUGCUGCUCAGUGGUGUAGGAGAUGCGCUGGGUUACAGGAAUCAGCUGUGGGAAUACAAUCAAUCCGGUCCUGCCAUACACCAGGAACUGCAAGAGCUCGGAGGGCUGAAAAACAUCCGUGCAGAGCUUCCUGAUUGGCCAGUUAGCGAUGACACAGUGCUUCACCUGGCAACUGCGGAGGCUCUAGCGACAGGUAAAGAAGGUGAGGAGUUACUUCAUGAGGUUGCCUUCCGUUACGUGGAGGGAAUGAAAGACAUGGACGGCAGGAAGCCAGGACCAUCAAGUAUUCUGGGGAUUUCACAGUUGCGUCCAGGCACUGAAGGGGGUUACAGUAUCCCCUACAAUCCAGAGGGCACAGGGUGUGGGGCAGCUAUGAGGUCCAUGUGCAUUGGACUUAGAUAUCCUCAUCCCGAGCAGCUGUCCUCACUGGUUGCAGUCGCCGUGGAGACUGGACGAAUGACUCAUCCUCAUCCAACUGGAUUUCUCGGAGCUGUGGCUUCAGCCUUGUUCACUGCCUAUGCGGUCCAGCGCAGACCAAUCACGAGCUGGGGUUUGGGUUUGUUGGAGGAAGCUUGUCCUGUAGCAAAGAAGUUUGUGCAGUCUGCAGGAUAUGCCAUUACAGAGACCGAGAGAGACUGGGGCUACUUUACUGACAAAUGGAAAUGGUAUCUGGAUCUCAGGGCACUGUCUUCUGGUACUGGUCCGGUUGUGUGGCCUGAGCCAUAUGGACCAGCUGAACGAGACGAGGCCUACAAGAGCUUCAGCCUGUCAGGGUGGGCGGGUCGCAGCGGUCACGAUGCUCCAAUGAUAGCUCUGGAUGCUCUGUUGGGGGCGGGAUCAGACUGGGAGGAGCUUAUGAGUCGAGCAGGAUUUCACGGAGGAGACAGUGACAGCACUGCAGUGAUCGCCUGCUGCUGUUGGGGUCUGCUGUACGGGACAGAUGGAGUGCCCCAGUCUAACUAUAGUAACCUGGAGUACAGGGACCGACUGGAGGGCACGGCCCAACAGCUGUAUGCUCUUUCUCACUAAUGAAGAGGCAAAACCCACACAGGAAAACAGCCCUGAUAUAAGAACUAAAGAAAAAAAAAACAUGUAGAAAAAGUUGGACCUCCAUACAGUUACGAAUUUAAUCAACAACUGAAAAUUGUAGUGUUUAAUAACUAAUUCAGUGAAUUGAGCUAUGUUAGUGCUCAGCAGAGCUUAACUCAUUAAUUUGGCAAACUUGAAUGCUUUUUCUCUCAUUUACUUACCCUCAUGUCAUCCCAGAUGUGUAUGACUUUCUUCUGCAGAACACAAAGAUUUUUAGAAGAACGUUUCAGCUCUUUUGGUCCAUAUAAUGCAAGUGAAUGGGUGCCAAAAUCCACAUAAGGGCAACAUAAAAGUAAUCCAUAUCUUCAGAAGUGAUUUGAUAGGUGUGGGUGAGAAACAGACCAAUAUUUAAGCACUUUUUUCUUCACUUUCUGGUGAUUCACAUUCUUAGUGUAUAUUGCCCCCUACUGGGCAAAGAGGAGAAUUUGAUAAACAUUUACUUAAAUAUUGAUCUGUUUCUCACCCACACCUAAGUAAAUUUUUAUCAAAUUCUCCUCUUCCCAAUAUACACUAAGAAUGUGAAUAACCAGAAAGUGAAGAAAAAAGUGCUUAAAUAUUGAUCAGUUUCUCACCCACACCUAUCAAAUCACUUCUGAAGUUAUGGAUUACUUUUAUGUUGCCCUUAUGUGGAUUUUAGCUUAAACAUUUUGGCACCCAUUUAUCCAUCUGGGAUGGCAUGAGGGUGAGUAAAUGAUGAAAGAUCUUUCCUUAUUGGGUGAACUAUCCCUUUAAGUUUUUUUUCACACUGACAGCGAUUAAUCUGCUAGAGUGCAAAGUGGCUGUACAGUAUACAGUUGUAUCAGGUAGUGAAUGCAGUGCGUUGUAACUGCAUUACUGUAUAUAUUAAAAACAUUAAAGCUGCACUUGUAUGGUUGCUGAAUUCUGUGCUUUAAAAUCUCUAAUAAAAAAUAUUGUCAAAGAAAUGAUUCAUCAGAAAGUAAAGACAACGGCACAAUUAUUUGAAG